CGUUUUGACUCUGCUUGGACAACGUGUGUUUGCAGACUUUUACAACGAGUAUGAGUGCAACAACCCGUUGCUGCACCGUGCCGUUUUGAAGGCCACCUCGUCGAUGUCAAAACGGGGCCCCGAGAACGCCGUCUUGUGGGGUGGGUUUUAAACCGCAAAAUGUCGAAUAAGGGGGUCCGUUGGGCGUUCAAUUUAUCCAAAUGGGAGCCCUCCCACGCGGACAUGUUACUAGCGACGUCUUGCGUCCAAGUCGAGGAGAAAGAGCGCUUAGGGAAAUUUGUUUUUAAAAAUGACUUUAAAGCGUCGUUAAUUGGGCGUUUAUUGAUGAGGAAAUACGUUAAUGAAACGACUGGACUCAAAUAUGACGAGAUUAGAUUCGGGCGGGACGAAAAGGGGAAACCGUUUCUUAUAAACAGCCCCAGUCAUAUAAGUUAUAAUGUGUCGCAUCAGGGGGGCUAUACGGUGUUGGCUGGGUGUGGUACCGGGGGGUUGUUGGGGGUGGACGUGGUUAAAGUGCAGUUUCCGAGGGGUAAAACUCUAAACGAGUAUUUCAGGACAAUGUCGAGGAUUUUUUCGGGGGUUGAAUGGGAAAAAAUCAGGAGUCAGGGCAGCGAAACGAGUCAGUUGGCGAUGUUUUUCAGACAUUGGUGUCUGAAAGAGAGCUAUCUGAAAGCUGUAGGUGUCGGAGUGACGAUAAAUUUGCAAGAUGUUUGUUUUAAAAUAAAUUCGGAUGUUUUGAGCAAAGAUCGGCUUGUUGAUGAUACAGAGGUUUAUUUUCGAGGGGAGAAAUUGGAUUGGGAGUUUCAGGAGAUGCUUCUGGAUGAGGAGCAUUGCGUUGCUGUUGCCUCAGAGUCCAACACCGGCGAGAAAAUUCUGUUCAAAGAGAUCGAUUUUCACGAAGUGAUGAAAAAUGCAGUUUCACUCUUAGACCCCGAUGAGAAUUAUUGUACCAGUUUUUUUAACAAGUGUGACAAAAUUUAGAAAUAAAGUGGGUUUUGGAAGUUUUUGUUUGAUUUUUUUCGUACCAUUCCAGGGUAUUUUUACGAGGGUUGUGUAACGAUUUGGUACCAUUCGUAGUAUGGCACAAUAUUUUAAUUUAAUGUCCCGAUUGCAUGCAAUUUGAUUAGUUUGUCAAGUAUUGAUUGCAUGGAAACACUUUUAUUAAGUUUGCGUAAGAAUGUCUAUGUGGGAGAAACGCUUCUUUUAUUAAAAAAAAGAAACAUUUUAUGUGUGUUUUAUUCUUAUUGUUGGUAGUGAUAAACAAGUAGUUUUUUUUGUUGUGUUAAGUGUGCCAUGACUUUGACAUUAAGUUGGAAACAUGAGCUGUCAAAUUCAAACGUCACACUUUUGGUGGUCGUCACCAAUUCAAUCAAUUCAUUGUUGCCAACUUAAUUUCAUUUACAGGUCACUUUGAUCUGAAAUGUAUUUGAAAGCUAGGGCCGUUAUAAUAGUGAUUAAAUAGGUCAAUUUUUAUUCUGUAUUAGGGCUAAUUAAUUGCGUUAUUUUACAUACAAGUUUAAAGCCCGAACGUGCAGCGAGGGUUUUUAAAUACCCGAGAGCUGAUUUAUCUAAUUUUGAUUUUAAAAUUAAUAAAAAUUUUAACAAAUUUAUCGCGUUGUACAAUUAUUAAGGAGAAUUUGAAAAAAAUCUCGGUUUACUAGCAAUUUUUUGUGGCAGAUUACAUUAGCUUGUUUAUUUGUUUUUUUGUAACUUUUUUAUCAAUAUUGUUUUCAAAUCUUCAAAGUAUAACGCGCGAAUAAUUAAAAUAAAUAAACAAAACACAAAGUUUGGUUCUUGUAAAACGUUUGCAAGGUUUUGUUCCCGUUUUUAUGUUACAACUUGUCUAAAAUAGUUUAAUAUUUGAAAGUUUUUAUCGUGUGAUUGUUGUAAAAGUGCCAAAACUGACAAACAGUAAUAUGAAAAUUGUCAAUUCAACGUUUUUGUUGAGGUGGCGUUUGCUUUCAUUUUUUUUUGGUUGCAGUAUAAAUAUUGAGAAAAAAUAAAUACUUUUUUCUGAAAUCGUCUAUAAAAAGAACGAAAUAGUCCUUAAAGUGGUACUUUUAAAUCACAAUCAACUAUGAGAAAAAUUAAAAAAUUACAAAAAAAGACGGUAACCAACAUACAUUUUUAUAGCACGUUUAUUUUUCACCAAUAUUUGUUUUAUUUCUGAAACACGAUGUAUACAGGGAAAAAAGAAAUUGUUUUCUAAAAAAUGAUGUAAAAAAAACGCGCUUCAAAAAUAUUUUUUUAUAACCCAAAAAAUUCUGGAUUGUUAUAAAGUCGCAGUAUUUUUUUAGU